AACAACCUAAGUACUCAGGCCAGGAACUGGUCACUGGAACUGGACAUGUUGAACGAUUACAACGAUAAUUCUGCUGAUGUUCCAGAUAAUUCUGCUGAUGUUCCAGAUAAUUCUGCUGAUGUUCCAGAAAAUUCUGCUGAUGUUCCUUAUACUUCUAUAUAUAGUGCUAAUUCUACCGUAAACAGUAUUCCUGCUAAUUCUGCGGAUGUUUCUGCUAAUUCUACUAUAUUUAGUGUUACUGUUCCAGUUCAUGAUGUAAAUUCUGGCUCAUCAGAAAUGAGAGGAUCUCGAAAAAGGGCGGUUCCUGUUGGAAGUGAGGAAAUCACUGCAGGUGCAGCUGAAAAUAUUCAGAAAAUGUUAUUUAAAAUGUAAAAUGUAAAAUGUUAAAUGUUAAAUGUAAUUUAUACAUUAAAUAU